AUGCUGCUUCUGCUUGCCGCGCUGGGGGCUGCUGUGGUGGGGGGGCAGAGGCAGUCGCCCCCUGGUUCCUGCAGCUUUGAGACUCAUACCUGUGGAUACAGCUCCGACCCAGACUACAGCCCCUGGAGCCUGCACUCAGAAGGUCAUUUUGUAGCAGUGGAACCAGAAGUGGGACAAGCCGACAGUGUAGAAGCCAGGGGGGCGCGUGGGGUCCUGCUCAGCCCUCUUCUGGAGCUGGAUGAGUGGAACUGUCUGCGGAUGGUGUACCAGGUGAGCGUGGAGGGUAGUCUGGACGUGUACCUGCGCUCAGAGGGCCAGAGCUACGACCGGCCCCUGUGGAGUUCCAAGACCCCCUCCGAGAGCUGGCUCAUCUCCAGCGUAGACCUGGGAAACACCACACUGCCCUUCAGGGUGGUGAUUGAUGGUGUGGCAGGAAGUGCGGAGGGCAGCAGCGUGUCGCUGUUUGAGAUCCACAUCAGCUCUGGAUACUGUCUGGAAUGCAGCUUUGAGCAGUCUCAUCUGUGCGGCUACAGUAACCAGUGGAACGCCAACGUCAACUGGUACGUCGGAGGAGGAGUCGUGCAGCUGCUGGACAACGAGCUCAGGCCUGACCACGACCCUGACCACAGCACAGGACACUUCAUGUAUGUGGACUCCAUUCACGCCAACACCUUUCAGGAGGUGGCUAAGCUGCUGUCACCCAUGACCACAGCUCCCAUGUCGGGCUGCUUGAGUUUCCAGUACCAGCGCAGUGAGGCUGGAGGAAACCUGUUCUCAGUGUACAUGCGCGACCGGCUGGGACAAUACCAGGAGCUGUGGAAGGCCACCCCAGAGAACCAGGCGCUCGGAGAGUGGCAAUCUGUGCAAGUGGACCUGAAAGCCCCCUACUCUGUCCAGGUGGUGUUCGAGGUGGCCUUCAACAGUCCCAGAGGAGGACGCGUGGCUGUGGACGAUGUCUCCUACUCUCCACAGUUCUGCAACGCUGACACAGAGCCUACCUUUGACCCGUCCCUGGGCAGCUGUGACUUUGAGGAUGGGCUGUGUGCUUACACCCAGGGUCACGGCGCCCCCUGGAGAAGAAUCUCUGUCAAGCCAAAUAUCUUCAAGAACGGAGACCACACCACAGGAAAAGGCUCUUUCCUCCUGGCCCACUACCCGCUGGUACUGCGCUUUGGAUACGUGAGCCGCCUGGAGGGGCCGCUUCUGCCCGCCAAUACCAAGUUCUGCCUGCGCUUCUACUUUUCACUUCGAGGUUUUAACCAAUCGGAGCAGGCCUUAAGCGUGCACCUCCAGCACGGAUCGGUCCAGGAGAAGAUCUGGACCCAGGGGGAGAAGUCCAGGGCCAUCUGGAUCCAAGGAGACGUCAGCUUCACCACCAGCAGCCCUUCCAAGGUGCUGUUUGUGAGUGCGUGCAGGUCUCUGUGGGACUGUAGCUCCGUGGCUCUGGAUGACAUCACCCUGGACCUGGGACACUGUGAGCUGGGCACAGGCUUGCUAUCGGUGCCGGCCCAGUGUGACUUUGAGUUGGGCUUUUGUGGAUACACCCAGGACAAACACACAGAUGACGCAAACUGGCACCGGAGGAGAGGCCCCACCCCCACCUCGUACACCGGACCUCGCGGAGACCACACCUCUGGACUGGGAUACUACGUGCACCUGGAGGCGUCCCCAAUGCUCCCCGGACAGAGCGCACGUAUUCGGUCUCCGUCCCUGCGGGGCUCCCGGGGCCCCCGGGGCCCUCAGUGCCUCCUCUUCUACUACCACAUGUACGGCUCGGGCACAGGACAGCUGCGCGUGCACGUGGACGAGGGCGGGGACAUGCGCACAGUGUGGAAACAAGAGGGCGAGCGCGGCUUGGGCUGGCUGCGUGCCCAAGUGCAGUACAGCAGCGACAGGCAGCAUCAGAUCGUGUUUGAAGCCACAAGAGGCUCCUCGGUCCGCAGUGACAUCGCCAUCGAUGACAUCAGGCUGGAGAGCGUCCCCUGCCCAGCAGUGGAAGACCUGGACGUCACAGGAGGAAGUUCCAACGAGAUCGAGUGA